GGUGCGUUCGUUACAUCUACACCGUUGCGUCCGGUUACUGUGACUUCACAGUUUGUCAGUACCGACCUAACCGGGCACCAGUACCGCCCGCCUGAGUGGACCCAUGUCACGUGAGCAUCGGUUGCCGGGUUUUGUCAAACCGAGCGCCCCCGCUGCUGUGUUUUGUUGUUUUUCAGCGGUGUACCGUGUUCGGCCUGUCACACCGGGACUCUUCACUGCGGCGGCGACACGGGAUCAACCGGGAUGCACAUGACGAAAAAGACGAGGAGCACCAUGAAACCGCCCGCACAGACACAGUCCUCUCCGCUCAGCGGCAGCCUGAUGUUCGAAGGCGUCUACAACAACGCCAGGAUGCUUCACUUCCUCACAGCGGUCGUGGGCUCCACCUGCGACGUCCGGGUCAAAAACGGCGCCGUGUACGAGGGAAUCUUCAAGACUCUGAGCUCGCAGUGUGAGCUGGCUGUGGACGCUGUUCAUAAACAGAGUGACGGAGACGGAGGAGGAGGAGGAGGAGGAGGAGGAGGCGGCGGCGGCGGCCAGUCCUCUCCACCCAAGAUUGAAGACAUCACUGAUACCAUGAUCUUCAGCCCCGCAGACCUCGUGACCAUGACCUGCCGCGACGUCGACUUAAGCUUUGCUGUCAGAGACACGUUCACCGACACCGCCAUCAGCUCGACCCGGGUGAACGGCGAUCACAGAGAGAAAGUUCUUCAGAGAUGGGACGGAAACGGAAACGGAGAAAACUUUGAACUGGAGUCGGACGCUUCAAACGGCUGGGACGCCAACGAGAUGUUCAAGUUUAACGAGGAGGCGUACGGCAUCAAGUCCACCUACGACUCCAGCCUCUCCAUGUACACCAUGCCUCUGGAGAAGGGGAACUCGGAGGUUUUCCGACAGCGGGAGGCGCGAGCGGCUCGGUUAGCCAGCGAGAUCGAGAGCAGCCUGCAGUACCGCCGCCGGGUUUCUUUAGAGAACGAAGAGGGCCGGAGCGAGGAGGACAAAUACAGCUCCGUGGUCCGAGAGAGGGAGGACCGGGCCAGCCCCGGGUUCACCUCCACGGGCAGCGUUUCCAGGGAAGGUAAAUACAUUCCCCUCCCUCAGCGCGCUCGUGAGAUCGGCCUGUCUGGCAGCAGCAUGAGGACCGGAGGCUCCGGGCGAACUGCCGCGCCCUCGUCCUCCUCCAGACACCCGCCGCCCAGCUCGUCCUCCCCCAAACCGCCGUCUGACAGGAGCAGCCCACUGUCCGUCAGGACCGCCUACUCUCCUCACCAAUCACAGAGCAGCCCGCCGGCAGCCGGCAGCCCUCCGUGCACCAAUCACGUCCUGCCGCACUCCCUGUCUCAUCCACAGGCGCUGGCUGACGCCACACGCUCGUCUGUUAACGGAGUUACAUCCAGAACUUCCCCGAAGUCUCAGAGACUUCAGAGCAACAGAAACCUGCGAACACCGAACUCCCAGUCCUCAGCUGCAGUCUCUCGUGCUCCGAAACCAGACGCCCCUCCUCAGGACCUCCCCCUGGUCGGCCCUGCUUUCAUGGACUCCUCCCCCUCUGCUGUCACCACGGCAACCACCACCAAACCCUCUGGCCCCACCCCACUCUUCCCCGUCGACGUGAAUGAGAUCCUGAGCGCGGCGGCUAAAGAGCGGACCGAAGCUCUGUCCAGCCCGCAGGAAGUGAAGAGCAGCAAAGCUCCCUCGGUCCAGCAGAGGUCUCAGCUCGAGGAGCUCCGCAAGUUUGGCAAAGAGUUCAGGCUGCAGCCCAGCUCGUCUCCUUCAGUGUCUCCGGCCUCCGUGGAUCCUCCUCAGCACAGCUCCGCCUCACCCGCCGACUCCUCCUCCUCCUCCUCCUCCUCCCCUGCACCGCCUAAACCUCUCACCUCCUCCACCCAAGACCUGCCGCCGGCCACAGAGGCAGCUUCCACCUCCUCUGCUCAGACCUCCACAGCUCCCGUCGGCUCUCAGUCGUCAGGUCCUGGGACGAGCCAUUCGGUGCUCGGCGGCGAGGAGGCGUGUCCGGAGAGCAGCGAGCGAGUGGAGGCGGCGUCUGCAGCUGCUGUGGUGCAGGUGAAAAACUCGACACUGAAUCCAAACGCUAAAGAAUUUCUUCCCAUCAAAGGAAACGCAGUCAUGAAACCUGCUCCAACCCCGACCCCGCCUCGCCCAACUCCACCCAGCCCUGUGGUCCUGCCUCCACCUGGACAGCCCGGAGGAGGAGCAGGUGGAGGAGGAGGAGCCAUCUACAGUAACCCACCUGGACACUACCUGUCCUACGUGUCUCCGAUCCACAUCCAGGGACACUCCAUCCAGGCUCCUCAGAUGUAUCAGUACACCAUGUCGACCGUCAACCAGGGCAAAUACCCCCGAGCCAAAGGUCCGGUGGUGGGGCAGCGUCCGGAGCACCACCCGUCUCCGGCCUCCCCCAUGCUCUCCGCUGCAGGCUCGGCAGCAGGGCCUCCGCUGGUGGCUUCACCUUACCCCCAGUCCUACCUGCAGUACGGUCAGGUGAUCCAGGCCAUGCCGCCACACUACCACGGACAGGUACCGAGGCAGAGAACUGUGGAUUUAAAGGCGGUUUACUCGAUGCUGCAGGGGGGAGCGAGGAUGCUCACGUCCGGGGCUCCUCCUCAGGCGAUGGGUCCUCCGGGCCCUCAGUACCCGGGCCAGGCUGAGGGCCAGCCGGGGCCACAACAGGCCAUGUUUGCUCAGUCGUUCUCUCACCACUCGGGCUCCAUCCAUCAUCCUCAGCCCUCCAGCACCCCCACCGGGAAUCAGCCCCCACCCCAGCACACGGCGCCCAGUCCAGGACACACUCAGUCGAGUCAGUCCGGUCCUCAGCCUCAGUCCAUGUUCCACUCUGGAGGUCUGUCGGCUCCCACGCCUCCUAACCUGCCGCCAGGCCACAGCUCCCCUCAGGCCUCCUACACCAUGCAGGGUUACAGCCUCCCCACCCACCAGCCGCUGCCCCAUGGCUUCCCCUCCAUCAGCCAGCUCACACAGGCUCACGUCACAGGAGGCAUGUCUGGACCUCAUCACUCUGCAGGUCAUGGGCUGCCCCCCGUCAUGCUGCACUACGUCCCCCCUCAGCAGGGCAGCGGCUCCAACCCCCAACAGGGGGCGCCACAACACUUCUACAUCGGACCCCACCAAGCUGUUCAGGUCCAGGCUCACCCCACCCAGCAGCUGUCCUUCCACCCAUCUGCAAACUGAACCUCCACCUCCUCCACCCUUCACCAUCACAGCUGGAUUCAGGAGCGAGGAAGACGAGCACUACUGUGCGACGAAGAACCCCCCGAACAACUUGUAACAUUCCCCCCUCCUGACAUCAAACUAACACUUGUUCUUUUUAAACUCAUCUUUUAGACGAGUCAUCUGGAUUUUAACUGUAAAUACAAACUGUUUUCACGCCGACGUGAAGCUGGACUGAAGACAAACGUGGAGGAAACGCUCGGACUGACGACGUGGAAACAGAUUUAUCUCCCUGUCCCACCUCUGUCCUUUUACAGGAACCAGUUCAUUCAUAAUAAAACCACUGGAAAAAAAAAAAA